UGCUGAUCUGAUCUGCUGGAGUUUAGUUACUGAAAUCUGUUUUUAAUGAAUUUAAACUGAAUUAAAGAUCAGAAGGAGGAGAUGGGGGUCUCUACAGCAGUGUGUGUUCUUCUACUGAACGCAGUAUUCAUCUCUACACUCGCAGAGAAACACUCCCUGUUCUACAUUUACAGCGCCCUCAACAAAGAUGUGUCUCUACCAGGAAUCUACGAGUUCACAGCUCUGGGUCUGCUGGAUGACCGAGAGAUCGACUACUACAACAGUAAGGAGCAGAAGAAGAUUCCUAAACAGAGCUGGAUGAUGGAGAAGAUGCAGGAAGAUUACUGGGAAAAAGGAACCCAGUCUCGCAAGAGUAAAGAACAGUGGUUCAAGGUUAACGUGGAGAUUCUGAUGCAGAGGAUGAACCACAGUUACCAGGAUCUUCAUGUUCUUCAGUGGAGACACGGCUGUGAGAUCGAUGAGUCCAAUGGACAGGUGACGUUUCUGAAUGGGAUUGAUCAGUACAGCUAUGAUGGAUCAGAUUUUCUCUCCUUUGAUAAUUCACACAGGGUCUGGGUCGCUCCGGUUCAAGCUGCAGAACCAACCAAGAGAAAAUGGGAUGGUGUUUCCAUUCUGAACCAGUACACCCAGGGCUACCUGGAGAAAGAGUGUGUGGACUGGCUCACCAAAUUCAUGGAGUACGGAAAAGAAACACUGAGAAAACACUCUCCUCCUGAUGUUCAUGCAUUUGCAAAGAAAUCUGUUCAAGACCCAAAAAAGGUGAGCCUGACCUGCCUGGCCACGGGAUUCUACCCUAAAGACGUGGAUCUGUGUGUGAGGAAGUUCGGCACGUCGAUACCGGAUCAUCUGAUCACAACUUCUGGAAUCAGACCCAAUGAUGAUGGAACCUACCAGCUGAGGAAGAGUAUGGAGAUCAGUGGUGAUGAUCCAGCAGAUUACGACUGUUGCUUGACUCACAGCUCCCUCACAGAACCAGUGAUGAAGAAAUGGGUAAAAAACAUUAACUACGUUGAACUGGCUCUGAUUGGAGGAGCAGCUGCAGGGGUGAUGGUGAUCUUGCUGAUUUUGCUGGGCGUGGUCCUCACAGUUCUUAUAAAGAAGAGGAAGAAUGGUGGUGCAGAACAUAUGCAGAACGUCUCUACUAUUUCUCAGGGAUACAGAGCACAGGGUGACUCCAGCAGUGAUGGAUCCUCACGCACCAGUGAGGACAGGAUGGAUUCCACCAUUCUGCUGCUGCACACUGCACAUCCGAAUGGUACUGAGACCGGGGUUUCUGACUCUGACUCUGGAAGAGGAAGUAAUUCACCCCAGGGCAGUGAUGAGAACAUCCUGAAGAAAUCUGAGGAGAAAGCGGCUGAAGAAGUGUGAUUCGUCUGAUUGGUGGAAAAUGAGACAGUAAGGUGUGGAGAUGUUGCUGACUGGUCCACUGGAAACCUGAAUCAUUCAGAAAUCUGAAGAGAAGUCCUUCUUCAAAACUCUGAUUCAUUAUAAGUGUUGAUACACUUCCACAGGUUUAUUUUCGAUAGUUUAAAAUUCAUUUCAUAUAUUUUAUCAUUUUUCAACACUAAUACACUUUCAUCAGGAUUUCAAGAAAAAAGAAGGGUUUCAAUACAUUUCAAAAUCGAGCACUUUAUUUAUUAAACACAAAUAUAUUUCCAUUUAAAUUUUAAACUAAUCCUUUAUUUCACUAAUCCCCUUCAAUCCCCUUAAUUUUAAUCUCUGUGUAAUAACAUGUUUAUAGAUUAGAGUUCUCACCGUUCAGUUUUCUUCUGAUACAUUUUUUAAGGAAAAGCUUAAGAAAGAUGGAAUUAUUUGAUUGAUUAAUAGAAAGGGAAUGGAUUUUUUUCAGAUGAAUAUAAUAAUAUGCUUUUUGAACUUGUUUUUUCAGUCUUCCUACUUUAAAGUAGUUUAAAAAGUUUGAUGUAUUUAUGUAUUUAUGACUUGUGUUGCACUACAUGUUUUCUAAAAAGCAGUUUUUUUUCUAGAAAUCAGUAAGUGUUGGAAAGAGUUGUGAAAUACCAUUGUUUAUAUAAUUCAGUACAGAUUCAUAUAUAUAUGUGUGUGUGUAUAUAUAUAUAUGGGUGAACUUUUUGUUUGUGUGUUUUGGGUCGUUGUCCUGCUGCAGAACCCAAGUACAGUACUCCUGAGCUUGAGGUCAGUAAGGAACAGAUUCUGUUAAAAACAGCAAAAUUCCUGCUUCCAUCUAUUACAGCAGUUUUCUAUUCCAGCAGCUCCAGAUCAUCACACACAAAUACUACCACCACCAUGUUUUACUGCGUUCAGUAU